AUGACGCGCCAGUCCCCCGAACGAGCCGCCGAUCUCAAGAUCAUCCGGUUUGAGUCCAUCUAUCCUUGGCCUGACUGGUCGUUCGCCGCGCUCGCCGUUAUCAAUCCAACAACAGGCACGUUCGACCACCACCGCGCCUUCUAUGAAGGCGUGCGCUACUCCCUCAAGCAGAUCGAGGACGUCCACAAACUGCUCAGCAUACCGCCGAUCACUCAGUUCCAGGAAUAUGUCAGGACCACGGAUAUCAAACACUCACUGGCCGACUACAAGGGCGUCUCGACCGCCGCGAUGCGCGUCACGGGCAAUAGGUCCGUGUAUUCGAGCUUCUGGAUGGGCGGAAUGUUUGCGAUCGAGAAGCUCCAGCAAGGCGACCUCCCGGUGGCGGCGAUGAUGGAAGGGUUUCCGCAGUGUCUUGCGUGCUUUGCAGAGGAGUUUCGCGCGGUAUACGAGAAAGUGGUGAAGGAACACGGGGUGCAGCCGGAAGUGACCAAGUAUUGGAGUGCUUAG